UUCACAUUUACAUUGUCUCAGACGGCGGAAGACUCAGGACUCUCCUUAAAGCCUAUCAGGCUCACGGCUUCCACCGCCACGAUUCUGAUAAAGCCGGGUAAAGGUGAAAAUGGGGAAAGAAAGGAGCAGUAACACUAACACUCUAGCUUCACAGCCAAAACCCGCGGUAAUCUUGCCAAAGACGGUGGAACAAGCGAAUCCAACCUACCUGGAGAGUGGAUACUUCCACGAUUUACUGUUUCUGGCUAACCAAGCAUCAGCCGACUUUUACCGGCAAGUGGUGGUGGCGCCAGAGGAGUCUUUGACGGGAAGAGUUGAAAAACAUGCAUGGAAACAGCGAGAAGCUGGUGGUAAAGAAAGUUGUUUUGGGUUACCUAAAUAUCUGUGGAGGGAGAGAGAGUUGUUGGUGCGACAAGAAGCACUAGUUGAAGAAGCUAAACAUUCUUCUAAUGGUUGUCGAGAGGACAGACGGUUUGGGAAGAAGUAUGUCCGCCGCAAGAAAACUCGACCUCGUACGUCCAGAGGGGUAAGGAGACAUGUUCAAUGGAGAAAUAAAAGGAAGAGAAACUGCAUGACGUUUGAAGAUACACAGCGCAACCGCAAGAUCCUUCUCCUCGCUGUUGAAGCAAUUACACAUCAAUUGGGUCUCUUAGACGUUAGCAUGGAGGAAGAGAAGAGCUCUUCUUAAGUAGUCCUCUUUGUUUCAUAUUACUAUAUCCUUGUUAAGAAUGAUGUAAAAGACAAGAAAGUCUUUACUUUAAAUAUAUGAUCUUUUGAAGUAAGAACAAAAUAA